GAGGAAGUAUUUUGCCGCGGUAUUCGAUAGUUGGGAAUGAAGGCGUUAAUUGAAAAGUGUACAUCAGAAAAAAAUACACAAGAUAAUUGGGAUUUAAUUUUAGAAAUUUGUGAAAAAUACGCUAAACAAGAGUAGGAAUUUUUUUCAUUUUCAAUUGUCUAGUUACAUAGGCCAGCAAUUUGUAUUCAAACAAUAUGUAAACGAAUAUUUCAUAAAAAUCCAAAUGUAUCUAUACGAUCUAUAACAGUAAGUAAACUAUAAUAUUUAUACAAAUGAUUCCCUAACUCCCCUUCCCCCCCGAAAUGAAAGUUAUUAGAUGCAUGCAGUAAAAAUUGUGGUAAACAAUUUAAUCGAGAAUUAGCUUCAAAAGAUUUUUCACAAUUAAUCAAGAAAAAUUUUUCGGUAAUCAUAAUUCUGAUUUUAUUCAAAGUAACUUCAUUGUAGAGUUUACAACGUAUUCCAUCUAUUAAAUUAAUUGAUAUCUUUGAAAAAUGGUCAAUUGAAUUUAAAAAUGAUUCAGAAUUAGCGUAUAUUCUCUGAUUAUUCAUUCGAAUAGAGUUUUUCAUUUUUUUUCAUAUUUUAGAUUAGCAGCUAGUUUUUAUAAUUGGGUUAAAACGGAAUAUCCAGAUCUUGUGAAACAAGCAAUGCAUGAAAGACAAAUAGUUAAACAUGGUCCUUCACGUCAACAUGUUGCACAAUUACAAGCUAAAGAAGAAGAAGAUCUAGCACAAGCUAUUGCUUUAUCACUGAAAGAUACUGACAGUUCAACGCCAUCUAAUCUAAACAAGCAAUCUGUUUCCACUUCAAAUGAGAAGUCUAGUUUAUAUCCUUCCUGCUCUCAACUUCCAUUUAGUUCACUUUCAACUUAUUCGACACCAGCAUCAUCAUCAAAUGCCUCUAAAACAACUGCUCCUCGCAAUUCAAAGGGACAGGUAAGAGCAUUGUACGACUUUGAAGCAGCUGAAGACAAUGAAUUAUCAUUUAAAGCUGGAGAGCUUAUCCUACUCUUAGAUGAUUCCGAUGAGAACUGGUGGCUUGGAAGCAAUAAUCAAGGUCAAGGUUUAUUUCCUGCUCAAUUUGUCAAACGUGAAACUGAACUUGAUGGAAUAAAUAAUGUCAAAUCAAGUUCAAGCGAAGUUUCUCACAAUACAGAUGUUAAAAAAAACCAAUCUACCAAAAAAAUUGUCCCCCAACUUGAUGAGAAAAAAAUCGAUGAAUGUUUACGUCUAAUUACAACUGUAGAUCCUACUGGUGAAUUUCAACAAGAUCCACCAGAAUUAAGUCAACUUGAAGCAGAAUGUAUAGCAAUGGUUCCACUUGUUGAUCCUGAAUUAAAAUUAGUUGAUAAAGAAAUUAUUAUGCUUACAGAAUUAAAUCAACGUUUAUUAGAUGCAUUUCAAUUGUAUCAUGAUAUCAUGUCACGUCAGAAUCCGUCAAAUGCUUAUUAUACUGGAAUGUCCAAUACUAUUGCUAACACCACGACUAACCCAAUAAAUCCAACAAUCUCUUAUUUACCACCAAAUACUCCAAAUAUAUAUCCAUACACCCAGCCAACAUCGUCGAUGACUAAAUCUGCAUCUGCAGUACCUAUGAAUGGAUUCACUAUGCCAACAGAUUUGAAUGGAACUGUGAUGUUCCCUCCUACUAACUCUUACCCUAUGUCAACUGGAAUUUAUGCAAAUCCACAAACAGAAAAUUUCAGUGGUAAUCUUCCUCAAAAUCUUCAUAGUGGUCAAAUAUCAUCUCAACCCUUUCCUGUACAGCAGUUUUAUGAAUCAAAUCAAAUAGUACCUCCUGAUGUUGUUACACAACAAAUGCAAUCAUAUCCAUCUAGCAGUAACAAUUAUGGAGUUCCAAUUUAUCCAAUGAAUGAUUCUCAAUCUAUGGUGUAUACAGAUCAAUCAAACAACACCCUCUCAACUCAGAGAAAACAAUAACAACCGUAGGUUUCAUCUAGUUUCAUAAAAAAAAUGCUAGGAAUCCUGAGAACCAUUUUAUUCAUGAAAAUGAAAGAUAUGCUAUCAAGACGGGUUUUGUUCUGUUUUUUCACAAAAGAAAAGUUUCAUUCCUUCGAUAUAUAAUAAACAAAUGAUUUCUUUUAUAAACAAAUACCUUCAGUUAAGUAAGCUCUAAUCAACUUUAACCGUUUUCAAUUUGUCUUUCAUUCUCAAAAGUACUACUCAUUAGUAGUAGUUCAUCUGUUUGUUUGUUUGCUUUUUGUCUGUAAACUUCUAUCAAAUUAUCUUCAUUCUAUCAUUUGUGAUUUCAUUAAAUAUAAUUAUUAUAAAUAAUUGUAAUUAUUCAUUGUACUUCUAUAAUUAAAUGAGAUCUCAUUA